AUGUGGCUCUCACAGGCCCGCGAGGUGCUGGAGCCUAAUCAGACUCAACCACAGAAGUACACGGAUAAUUACAAUGACGCGAAGCUCUGUGGAAAGAGCCAUAUGAGUGAGGAACAGGAAGACCUGGCCACCCAAGUCAUGACCACCUUCCCUGGGGCGGUGGACACCUCAGUCCUUCAGAGCUGCAUAACAAAGGCCAAGCUGCUGGUGGAUUCUGCCUACAAUCAGACUGAGAGGAGCAUCAAGCAGCGCCUUCGCAGUGGCUUGGCCAGCCCCAUGGACCUCCUGUCCUACUUCAAACAGCCAGUAGCGGCCACCAGGAUAGCUGUGAGGGCUGCUGAUUAUAUGCACGUGGCCUUGGGGCUGCUGGAGGAGAAGCUGCAAUUCCAGGAGUCCAGAUCCUUCAAUGUCACUGACGUGCUAACGAAACCCCAGCUGCGGCUGCUGUCCCAGGCCAGUGGCUGCGCUGUCCAGGAUGAGGCUGAGCAGUGCAGUGACAAGUACCGCACCAUCACUGGGAGAUGCAACAACAGGAGGAGACCCUUGCUGGGGGCCGCCAACCAGGCCCUGGCUCGCUGGCUGCCAGCCCAGUAUGAGGACGGGGUGUCGCUCCCCUUCGGCUGGACCCCCGGCAAGAGGCGCAACGGCUUCCUCCUCCCUCUUGUGAGUGAUACCCGGUCAACGGAAACCCCCAAACUGGCAGCCAUGCACACCCUCUUUGUGCGAGAGCACAACCGGCUGGCUACUGAGCUGAGACGCCUGAACCCCCGGUGGACUGGAGACAAGCUGUACCAGGAGGCCCGCAAGAUCUUGGGGGCCAUGGUCCAGAUCAUCACCUACCGGGACUUUCUGCCUCUGGUUCUGGGCCGGGCCAGGGCCAGCAGAACCUUGGGCCCCUACCGGGGGUACUGCUCCAAUGUAGACCCCCGGGUGGCCAACGUCUUCACCCUGGCCUUCCGCUUCGGCCACACCAUGCUGAGACAGACUUCUCAGCUUCACUGUUCCAGGCUGGUUGAUCCCAAAAACAUGCAGAAAGGGCUAAAUCUGCACACAGCGGGUGCGCCUUCCUAUUCAUUCCCCCCGAACUUCAUCCACCUCUCUCCCCCGUCUUGUAGGUUCUGGUGGCAGAAACGGGGUGUUUUCACCAAGCGCCAGCGCCAGGCCCUUCGCCAGAUUUCCUUGUCUCGAAUUGUGUGUGACAAUACUGGUAUCACCACUGUUCCAAGGGACAUCUUCAAGGCCAACACCUACCCCCUGGGCUUUGUGAACUGUAACUCCAUCCCCAGACUGAACCUGUCAGCCUGGAGAGGCACAUGAGGCUUGUGCAGGUAAAGGGAGGCCCCCCUCCAACAGCCCUGUGCUAGGUCAGGCCCGCACAUCCUUCCUUGGACAGGAUGGCUGAGUCCUCUCAGGCCUCUAAGCAGAACAACAGAUCUUGUCUCUAGAGAUUUUUUCCCGGUGGACACUAGCUUCUGGGCUGACAAGUUAAUUCCAGGGCCCUGGGACUUUGGGGAGCAAUCAGGAAGGAUCCAACACCCUAAAAGCAGCUCCAUGU